GGUUUUUUUAUCGAUCCAAUUAAAACACUUUGCUGAUUCUUCCCGAGAGUCCAUUGGUUGACAGCUGCGCUCGGUUUUCUCAGGUCCCGCCUUCAUCUGUCAGCCUCUGCGCUUGAACGGCACUGUGUGACUGUUGAUGCACUGUAGGGAGAUACUACUCUUAACUUUAUGCCUGCAUGGACAGUUCCAAAAGAAAGCAAAAGAAAAGGAAAAGAAUAAAAGAUUUCAGUUGACAAGCUCGUGGAUGGUGCUUGUGUAUCCACACUGCUUCUUCGUCGGUAUUUUUCCCCACUUUUUCCAAGCCCUCUUUUUACAGUAUGAAGCGCAGUUAUGGCAAGGAGUAGCAAGUCAGUAGCAAGGACCCUGGAGGAUUUGACGCUAGACUCGGGUUAUGGUGGAGCCGCCGACUCCUUCAGGUCUUCCAGUGCGUCGCUGUGCUGCUCAGAGGCACAUGGAGGGAAUUACUGGCAUUUAACCGACUCGAUGCACAGUCGACACAACAGUCUGGACACUGUUAACACGGUCCUGGUCGAAGACGCCGAGAUCCUGGAGUGCACCGGGCAAUGCGCUAAACUACCCGAGCUUGAGGAUGUGCCGUGGAGCCUCGGGGAAGUGGCGAGCGCUCUGAGCAAGGACGAGGAGAUGAGCCUGCCGACACCACAGCAGGACGUCCUGCACAGGCUCUCGGUUCUGGUCAGCCGGGCCCUGGUCAGGGUCGCCAAGGAGGCGCAGCGCUUGAGUUUGCGCUACGCCAAAUGUACCAAAUAUGAGAUCCAAAGUGCCAUAAAGAUGGUCCUGGCGUGGACCGUGUCGAUGAACUGCAUCAGCGGGGGCCUCAGUGCGUUGUCACUGUACAAUAUGAGCACAGAGGACGACAAGUUCACCCGCGGCAAGUCGGCGCGAUGCGGACUCAUCUUUAACGUGGGGAAGUUCUUCAGGUGGAUGGUCGAUAGCAGGGUAGCAGUCAGGAUCCAUGAGCACGCGGCGAUCUACCUGGCCGCGUGCAUGGAAAACCUCUUCCGCGAUGUGUACGCGCGGGUGCUGCGCAGUGCGCUGCUGGAGCGGGAUAACGGGAUACCCAAGUUUACCGUGGAGACCCUGGAGCAGGCCGUUAACAGUGAUGCAGAGAUAUGGGGCUCUUUGCAACCCUGGCAACACCUGAUCUGCGGGAAGAAUGCAAAUGGUGUGCUCAGCCUACCCGAGGGUCUAACUCUUCAAAGGGACCAUCAGCAGCAGCGAGCGGGGAAGAGUGGAGAGGGAAACACCUACAGUCAGUCCGAACUGCGCUCCAUUGAACAGUGCUUACUGGCCACGAGAGUGGGCAGCAUCUCUGAACUGAGUGACUUGGUGUCACGGGCUAUGCACCACCUACAGCCACUGUAUAUGAAGAACCACAACAAUGGGACACCAAUGCACCAGAAAAGCGGCGUGAUACACUGGGCGCCUGAAGCUAUCUACACGCUGUGCUACUUCAUGCACUGCCCUCAGAUGGAGUGGGAAAACCCCAACGUUGAACCCUCCAAGGUUACCUUACAAACCGAGAGGCCAUUUCUGGUGUUGCCGCCUCUGAUGGAGUGGGUGCGUGUAGCUGUGGUUCACACCGAGCACAGACGCAGCUUCACUGUGGACAGCGAUGAUGUGCGGCAGGCUGCCAGGCUGCUGCUGCCUGGAGUGGACUGUGAGCCCCGCCAGCUCCGAACGGAUGACUGCUUCUGUGCCUCGAGGAAACUGGAUGCUGCCUCUACUGAGGCAAAGUUCCUGCAGGAUUUGGGCUUUCGCAUGCUCAGCUGUGGACGCACAGACCUGGUAAAGCAGGCUGUCAACCUGCUAGGGCCGGAUGGUAUCAACAGCAUGAGUGAGCAGGGUAUGACCCCGCUGAUGUACGCUUGUGUCCGUGGAGACGAAGCCAUGGUGCAGAUGCUGCUGGAUGCAGGAGCAGAUAUUAACAGCGAGGUGCCAAACUCAGUGCACAAGCACCCCUCAGUCUUUCCCGAAACACGGCAGGCGACGCCCCUCACUUUCGCUGUGUUACACGGACAUGUGCCUGUGGUGCAGCUGCUGCUGGAUGCCAAAGCCAACGUGGAAGGCUCCCUGCAGGAUGGGAUGGAGAACUACACGGAGACACCGCUGCAGCUGGCUGCUGCUGCAGGUAACUUUGAGCUGGUGAGUUUGCUGCUGGAGCGAGGCGCUGACCCCAUGGUGGGAACUAUGUACCGCAAUGGAAUUUCUACUGCACCACAAGGCGAUAUGAACUCCUAUAGCCUGGCAGCAGCACACGGGCACAGAAAUGUGUUUCGCAAGCUGUUGUCCCACACAGAGAUAGGGAAAGGAGAUGUCUUGUCAUUGGAAGAGAUUCUCGCAGAAGGCUCAGAGCUGGAAGGCAGAAGCUUGUCUCAGAUGGAUCUGAUCAGAACUGGAAAAGCCAAACUUAAAGCUCUGAAAGAAGCCAUGUACCACAGUGCUGAACAUGGGCAUGUAGACAUCACCAUAGAUAUACGGAGUCUUGGAGUCCCGUGGACUUUGCACACUUGGCUGGAGUCUCUGCGCACAUGUUUCCAUCAGCACCGCCGACCUCUGAUCCAGGGUCUUCUGAAAGAGUUCAGCUGCAUUGAGGAAGAGGAGUACACCGAGGAGCUCAUUACGCAUGGCCUGCCUCUUAUGUUCCAGAUCCUCAGAGCCAGCAAGAAUGAAGUGAUCAGCCAGCAGCUGGCUGCGAUCUUCACUCAGUGUUACGGCCCUUACCCCAUCCCCAAACUGGCAGAGAUCAAGAAGAAGCAGUCAUCACGUUUGGGUGACCCUUUUUAUGAAAAUCUGAACAAUAAAGUUCUUCUGGUCAUGUGUGACCUUCCUGAACAAUUUGAUGUGACCUUUUUGGUGGAGGGGAAACCUUUUUACGCCCACAAAGUUCUGCUUUUCACAGCUUCCAACAGAUUCAAAACUCUUCUAGCUAACAGACCAUGUGGUGAAAACACGUGCAUUGAAAUCAGCAAUGUCAAAUAUCAAAUAUUUCAGCUUGUCAUGCAGUAUCUGUACUGUGGAGGGACAGAAGCUCUGCACAUCAGGAACACUGAUGUUAUGGAGCUUCUGUCAGCAGCAAAGUUUUUCCAGUUGGAGGCGCUGCAAAGGCAUUGUGAGAUUAUCUGCUCUAAGAACAUCAACACAGAUACUUGUGUUGAGAUCUACAAUCACACCAAGUUUCUCGAUGCUCCAGAUCUAGCAUCCUACAUAGAGGGCUACUUUCUGAAGAAUAUGGUAAUUCUGAUUGAGUUGGAGCCCUUCAAACAGCUGCUUUAUGACGCACCUCCCGACAGCCCCGGCUGUGACAUCCUGCGAGACUUGGAGAAAACCUUGGCUAUUCGCAUCCAGUCCAUCCACCUGUCCUCCUCCAAGGGAUCAAUUGUCUGAACUUCUGAGCUUCCUAAACCCAGAAACUAAGAAGAUUUAGCAGAGAGCAAUCAGAGCCGUGACACUAUAUUUAUAUGCAUCUGAGCGAUGAAUGAUUUCUAGGUGAAAUCAGGUGUCGUGGUCUUGCUCUCCGUGAUGCUCAUCAGUUGCUAAAAUGCUUCUUGUUAGCACAGAUGGUUAACACGUCUGUCUGUCUGCCUUGUUAAUAUAUGUCUACUAACAUGACAUUCAUACGAUAGCUGUACACUAUUAUGCCACAACUUGCCAAUAACAUAUAUGACUGUAACGGUGUCCCUUAUUCAGCAAAAAUCUAUCAGCUAAGUAGUGUUACACUCUGUUACAUGUCAAACUGAUCAGGAUCAGCUGAGGCUACAGAAACUCAGAGGAGAAUGUUCAACCUAUGUAAUGAGGUAAUAAACAACAUCAGAAUAAUGUGAUAAGCCAUCAGUUUAUCCCUGGAUAUGAGGAAGGAAGUUCAGCCUCACGUUUUUAUUUGCCUACAUAUGUGGCCCCUGUACAGACAAAUUCAUCUGUAUAUUUGUCAGUCACUUACUGUAGACCUGAGCUGAUUAAUCCCUAAAGCCAAACAAGACAACCAGCUGUAAUGUGACUGAAGCACGUGACUUUAGGCAACUUGGUGGGAAAGAGGACUUGUUCUUCUGCCGUAACUCUGUAAAUAUUGUUCAUAAAAACAGAGCUAUUGAUAAUGUAAGUUAAUGUAUAUAUCCACAGAUGUUUUCUCAUGUGUCUUACUGUUACUGUAUUGCUGUAAAAACAAAAAGCUCAUCUUUUAAAUAUCUAUGCUUAAAUGUUGCAUGUCAGAGGAGUGACUUGUUUUUAUGUUUGAACUGUUGGACGAUUACAUUGAGGACGUGUUUCCACACUACCUUCGUCUUCAGCAUGGGUCACUAUAAAUGUGUUGCGGUCAAAUGGUGUCAUCAUUGUGUGUGCAAGAGGCGUUGGGUCUGUUUAGUCCUAAAACUGAGAACGUUACGAUAUCAAAUGUUCUCCAAGGAUUGUGAAACCACAUUACUUGUAUGUGUGUGAUCUUUCCACUAUAAAGAUUAAUAUAAAGAA